UGUGUAUAACUUAUAAAGUCACCGACCCCUGUCGCCAGGAUGGAUCUGCCAUCCCGACAGCUCUCAAUUGCCAAGCGCAACAAUUGCCCACCACAAUGACAUCCACAAACCCAUUCGACAACCCAUCAAACCACGACCAUGAACCCCGCGAUCACGAUCACGACCACGACCAUCAACCCGAACAACAACCCUCCCCCAAAUCCGCCCUCCAAGUCGACUUCUCCCUCAAAAAAUGGAAAGUGAUCAUCAGCCCUCUCUCCACAACCUCCAGCUCCCCGGACCCCAGCGCCUCCGCUCUCUACCGCAUCGACACACAAUCGAUGCGCACCCCCCAAAUGCUCUUCCGCCGCUUCUCGGACCCCCCCACAGCUCCCCCCUUUGCAACCGGCACUCUCCACACCUUCAAAAUCAACCCCGACUACACACACCACUCGACAUCCAACACCCUCACCGCCACAAAACGUUUCCGCACCGAAUACACCUACCAAUCGACCCUCUUCUCGCGCAACCCCGGCCAAACCGAGACCAUGACGUGGACCAGCACCAGCGGGUUCAAGAACUGGGAUUUCAUCCUGCUGGACGGCGAUAUGUUGCCUGUGGCGCGGUAUUCGAGUCGCAUCUGGGCGGUGCGGAAGUGGGGGAAGAUCGAGUUUCUCGGGGAGAGGACGGAAGAUGAGAGGUUUUUUUGGGGCGUGUUUUUAUAG